ACGAUGGGAAAGCGGGAUGUUCAAAUCAUCUUCCUGCUUUAUUUUUUUUUGCUCGGUGUGUUUUUGAUCAUUAUGGAGAGGAGAGGCAGUGCCGUCAAUACUCCCGCCAGCAGACCUGUUACUCGUAGAAGCAAAAGUUAUGGUCGGAGUUGUGUAGAAGCUCCCUCAUAUUUCUGGCAAACACCAGGACAUUUAGCAGUCUUGAAGAUCCCAAACAGUAGAGGGACUGCCAAAUCACAAACAAUCACUAAUAAGGUUGACCCUGAGCAUAUCGCUCUUCUGGUAAAAAAUGAGUGGAAGCUGUCCUACAUCACCCCUUUGCAUCACUUCAGACAUACACGGCUGAAAUCAUAUUCCAAACAUCUCUCAGCCUUCAUUGUAGCAGAGAAACAGCAAGGAGUUGCAGUUGAAGUCGGGCUAGAAGCGGGAUUUAAGGUCACCUUUAGUGCAGUUCUUGGAUUGGCUGAGAACGAUGAGGAUGCUGAGACUGUUUUCAUUCAGAUCCAGUCCAAACCAGUAUUUGCUGCAGUGGCAGAUGCACCAAAAGUUGUCUGGCGCGGUUGGCUGACGUGUGUCAAUGGUGAUCUGGAGUACCUAAGGUCACUGCCUCCGGAUUUUGUCAGCUUACCUCUGUUUUGCACGAGUGGACCUGAGUCUCUUACAACACUGGUUAAAUCUUGGUUCGAGAGGGCUUUUGAUUGCAACUUUGGAUGUUUGGCUUUAAACUCGACCACUCUCAAUUGGCUGACUGCUCUGUGGACUGGUUGCCAUCCCACCUGCAAUAUCAGGCAUCUGAAACUGGCCUGGAGCCUUCCAACACAGCCACCCUUGGAUGUCUCGUAUACAGUUAACCCACAGGAUGCAUGGGAACUCUGGAACAGCAUUCACCCGGAGGAGAGUACAGAUGACCGGAUCGACAUUCAAGAGGUCCAGUCUUUCAUCAACGGGCUGGAGGCUCAUUUUUUCAGACACUUUAAGAUCUUCCUGUCUGCUGGCACACUUGUAAAAGUAUCUACCGCUCUGGGAUCAGCACAUGUUGAUGGAAAAAUCAAGAUUGGAAACAGUGACUACAUCACCACCUUACUUACCCUGCUGACAGAAUGUGCUCUUUUGAAAAUGCCAGCCUAAAAUCUGCUUCCUACUUUAGAUUUGUAAAUACAUUUUUUUUCUUUCUAUACCAUCUAAAAUAUC